AUGGACGUGGACGUGGACGUGGACGUGGACGUGGACGUGGACAUGGACGUGGACGUGGACGUGGACUUGGACGUGGACUUGGACGUGGACUUGGACGUGGACGUGGACGUGGACGUGGACGUGGAGAUGGACGUGGACGUGGACGUGGACGUGGAGAUGGACGUAGACGUGGACGUGGACGUGGACGUGGACAUGGACGUGGACGUGGACGUGGACGUGGACGUGGACGUGGACGUGGACGCGGACGUGGACGAGGACCUGGACGUGGACACGGACGUGGACGUGGAGGUGGACAUGGACACGGACGUGGACGUUGAGGUGGACACGGACGUGGACGUGGAGGUGGACAUGGACGUGGACGUGGACGUGGACAUGGACGUGGACGUGGACAUGGACGUGGACGUGGACGUGGACGUGGACAUGGACGUGGACAUGGACGUGGACGUGGACGUGGACAUGGACGUGGACGUGGACGUAAACGUGGACAUGGACGUGGACGUGGACAUGGACGUGGACAUGGACGUGGACAUGGACGUGGACGUGCACGUGGACAUGGACAUGGACAUGGACGUGGACGUGGACAUGGACGUGGACGUGGACGUGGACGUGGACAUGGACGUGGACGUGGACUUGGACGUGGACGUGCACGUGGACGUGGACGUGGACCUGGAAGUGGACGUGGACGUGGACGUGGACAUGGACGUGGACAUAGACGUGGACGUGGACAUGGACGUGGACGUGGACGUGGACUUGGACGUGGACGUGGACGUGGACGUGGACAUGGACGUGGACGUGGACGUGGACGUGGACAUGGACGUGGACAUGGACGUGGACGUGGACGUGGACGUGGACUUGGACGUGGACUUGGACGUGGACAUGGACGUGGACGUGGACGUGGACGUGGACGUGGACAUGGACGUGGACGUGGACGUGGACGUGGACGUGGACAUGGACGUGGACGUGGACGUGGACGUGGACGUGGACGUGGACGUGGACGUGGACGUGGACAUGGACGUGGACAUGGACGUGGACGUGGACGUGGACGUGGACAUGGACGUGGACGUGGACGUGGACGUGGACGUGGACAUGGACAUGGACAUGGACAUGGACGUGGACGUGGACGUGGACGUGGACGUGGACGUAGACGUGGACAUGGACGUGGACGUGGACGUGGACGUGGACGUGGACGUGGACAUGGACGUGCACGUGGACAUGGACGUGGACAUGGACAUGGACGUGGAGGUGGACGUGGACGUGGACAUGGACGUGGACUUGGAUGUGGAAAUGGACGUGGCCAUGGACGUGGACGUGGACGUGGACAUGGACGUGGACAGGGACGUGGACAUAGACGUGGAGGUAGACGUGGACGUGGACAUGGACGUGGACGUGGACGUGGACAUAGACGUGGACAUGGACGUGGACGUGGACGUGGACAUGGACGUGGACGUGGACGUGGACAUGGACGUGGACGUGGACAUGGACAUGGACGUGGACGGGGACGUGGACGUGGACGUGGACAUGGACAUGGACGUGGACGUGGAGGUGGACAUGGACGUGGACGUGGAGGUGGACAUGGACGUGGACGUGGACGUGGACGUGGACGUGGACGUGGACGUAGACGUGGACAUAGACGUGGACGUGGACGUGGACGUGGACGUGGACGUGGACGUGGACAUGGACGUGCACGUGGACAUGGACGUGGACAUGGACAUGGACGUGGAGUGGACGUGGACGUGGACGUGGACGUGGAGCUGA